AUGCAGCAUCAACGCCGGACCUCUGAUUUCGGCGGAUUCGUCUCUGCCGCCCCCUCCAGCUCCUCCACGCGGCAAUCCCCUACCCAUUUUCGGCGGCAACGCGAGCCAAUACUACAGACGGGAGACCUCCUCGGAUCAUUCGACGACGAUGAGUGGACAGAAUUCUCCAAGACCUCUAUGACGCCCCACCGGGUCGUGCAACCACGGAAUGAUCCCAACUCGCUUAUAGAUCUGGACGACAUCUCGUCGGGUCAGCCUGCGGUCAUACACCUGCCGCCUCGCCCGGACGAGAUGUCAGAGGACUACAUUCACCCCACACGUUCCCCUCGGCGCUCAUCACAGCCUCACCUCAUUCCCGGACCGAGCUCCCCUCCUCACAUUCCCCACUCCCGCGACUUCUUCUCCGGCAAGAAGCACGAUAUGCGUACGGCGCCCGCGUCCUACAGUACGGAAGCGGGACCGUCGAGGCUGGCGAGCAUGCUCUCGUCGCCUAUCUCGGCGAAGGCAGCGGCUAACAAGUGGCGCCGCUCAGUCGACCGGUACGCGGAUGAACCUUCGGUCGGGGACUUUGACGACUGGCCGUCACUUGUCACGCAUGACAAUCCCUUCGCCCCGCCCGAGCAUCCACAUAUCCACCUUCCACCAUCCGGCGCGCCGGGCUUCAUACAUACCCCAGGGCCAAAGAUCACCCAUCGGAGCGAAGAUCUGCCUCCUUCAUUGUACCUGCAGGGCAGGCGGGUGGGAACAAUACCGGUACUAGACGAGCCUACCGCGAUAUCACUUCAACGCCACCUUCCCGCCCGACAACGACUCUCCAAAACUUGGUCUCUGAUCUUCUCAUUAGACCAACACGGCGCCUCCCUCUCAUCACUAUACCGCCACGCCGACAACGCGUCUUCAAAAGCUCAAGGUUACGGCUGUGUCCUCAUCAUGCUCGAUGGAGAUGGCCGGAGGUUUGGCGCAUUCAUAAACGAAAACAUUGUUAGGCGCGAAGGGGCAUACUACGGUUCGGGCGAAUCCUUCCUCUUCAGAAUACCCAACACAGGCCCGCCUGGCAGCCCACCGGCGGUUUUCAGAUGGACAGGGAAGAAUCAGUAUUUCUCGCUGUGCGAGGGUGCUUUUGUCUCCUUUGGCGGAGGAUCUGGAACGUAUGGCUUGAUCUUUGACUCGACGUUCUCGAAAUGCUCGUCCGCGACCUGUCCGACGUUUGACAAUGAGGUGCUCUGCAGUGCGGAACCACUACAUUCGGACAAGGCGACGUAUUUCGAUUGUGUGGGUCUAGAGGUGUGGGCCACUAUGCCGCUGUGA